UUUCCAAUCUCAAACUGGCAAUAUAGGACGCCUGACGAGUUCCUGCGUUGAAGAGGAUAACGAACCUGGAAGAGGGUAUACUGACAUCGAUCGCAAAAUCAAACUGAAAGAAGAAUUUCUGCCGAGCAAAUGACUGCAAAACUACUUAUGAAAAAUGGAAGGACAAUGCAAUGGAAAGCACCUCACGAUAUUGGGAUAACUUGCUUAGGCCGCGUUCUUCACAGAACUGCAACGUACAGUCAAGGGGCAAUUUGGAUUUCCCGCGGUAUGCAGAUAAGUUUAGCUUUAUCAUAUACAAAUAGACCAUAACCGGAAUAUUUGCAUGGUAUUAAAAAUGCUGCUUAAAUCUUUAUUCCUGAUUAACACAAAUCAAAAGUCCCAAGGUGGGGUUGAGAUGUCGAUUUUAGUUUUAUGAAACAAUAUGAACCACUGCAUGGACUUGUUGUUGAGUCUAUUGAGGACUGGAUGAGGUAGUGCUAAUGUUUGUAACUAAUUUGUUACUGUUUGAAGGCUUUUUGGUGACUGAUAAAAACUGCUUAUGCUGCAUUAUUGGAAGCAUACUUAUCCAGAGAUCCAGGGGCAGACAUCCCGCUCCUCGCCCUCUCUGCAAAUGUUUCUCCCGUCGUUUCGACCCUCCCUCGCCCCACUGACUGCCCCUGGGUCCCGUAGGAUGGUUGUUUCAACGAGCACAACAAGGAAUUGUGACAGAAAAAAGGACAGCAGGAAACCUCAAGAAACAUUCUAGCAUGGAAAUAGAUGCACUGAUGAGUCGAGAUGAGCAUGGAGCAUGGUCAACACUGGCGCAGAAUGUCGGAAGGAAAGACGAGUCUGCAAUGGAUACUUCAGAGAAAGCCUUUGUAAGUCCAAGGAAACCUAGUGUAAUGGAAGGAAGGAUUGAAGACACGUUUUACAAAGAUCUUAAACGUGAAUGGAGAUCUGGCAGCAUAGCUGUGAUGACUGAUUCGUUCAAGAAUCUCCCUUUUGUUGUAAGUACUAAAGUUACAUUUGUUAAGACCCGGGACACUUUUCAUUUGUAUGAAAAAAUCUGUUUUUCUAGUGGUAAACCAAACGGAACAGGCCUUUCCAUUUUCCACGGGUUUUUUUGGAAAAUUUGGAAUAUUUUCGGAGCUAUUCCUCUUUUCUCGUUUUUACUGGAAUGAUCGGAAAAUCACUGUUCCAUUUGCUUUUUCACACUAUUCCGAUGCUUCUUGAUGAAAUACGCUGUCGUUUCGAUGGGAAAUGCAAUGGCAUUCAUUCUCCGCGGUCAAUAUUUUGCUGACGACCUCAACCGGAAAACAGAAGGUUAAUGGACUAAUGGACAGACUUGGCCUAGGACCCGGAGCCCAUGACCCAAACGCAUUGUUUUCUGCGUUUCUGGGAACGUUGCACGGAGUGUUUGAUUGGUACCAUAAACAUACUUGCCGUUGUGGUCUGAUAGCAUACACACCAAAAAACUCAAGCUUCAGCGAGGUUGCGUAGGACUGUCGCGCGAGUCAAAUCAUCAACAGUUAUUAAUUUUUAUUGACGAUUUCAUCAGUUCCAAAGACUUAACCCGGCCGUGCUUUUUAUCAGCUUUCCCCAAACUGAAUGAGUCGACCCUGUAGCUUAGUUCUCCACUUGCCACCAUAAUAAUAACCUUUUCCUUUUAAUUUUAUUUGCGCUCAUAUGUCAUGUAACCUUUUAGACUUGAUCAGUGUCGCAAGAUGUGUUUCAAUUUAUCUCAGUGUACUUCUAAUUCGAAAGGCUUACUUCUAUGCUUAACUAUCUUUUGGCGCCGGGACUUACUCUACUUAUCCUAUAUCCUGGAACCUCAUAUAUUUUGCUCUGCUUUUAAGUCAACAAAAAUUGGGGAGUAGGGAUGGGUUGAGUUUGUUUUAUCGCGCCCUGCUCCGAGAGUUUUUCGCCGGGUUCUCCGUUUUUCCUCCCUCCACAGAAACAUAUUCCAAUUUGACCAGGAUAGAGGACCCGGAUGAAAACCAGCUAAGGC